AUGUGUCACAGCCUUGACCAAAAAGCCUCCGUAGGCACCACCUCUGGAACUGGAUUUGUCCUCGACGACUCUAGCUCUGGGAAUGGCUACGUGUGGAUCAAACUGAACGACCUCAUCGUUUUCAGCUGCUACUGGAGUCCGAACACCACCCUGGCUGAAUACGAAAUCUUCCUCGGGGACCUAGACCAGGCCAUCCGUGCCAGGGGAGACACCAGACUAAUUUUUGCGGGUGACUUCAACGCGUGGAACGUAGAAUGGAGCUCCCGGGCGGAUAACCCGAGAGGUGAACUUCUCUCAGACCUGGCGGUGAGCCUUGACCUCAUACUCUCCAACGUCGGGGACACCCCUACCUUCGUUAGGGGCGAAGCCACCUCCAUCAUCGACGUCGCCUUCUCAAGAGGAGUGGGGGUCUAUGUGUGGUCGGUCCUCGAUGAGCUCAAUCUAAGCGAUCACGCUUAUAUCACGUUCUCAAUUGACCCCCGAGCGCCGACCCGCACCCUCGAUGGCCUCAAGUUGACGCACCACCCGGUUUCCACCCUGGCUGGGCUCUCAAGAAACUUGACCGUGAAUCUUUCUACCGCCACGUCACCUCAAGGCCCCUCACCCUUUGACGGGAUGGGGAAGGGGGAAAUUCCGCGGUCAGAGCAGCAGAGUCACUCGACAACUACAUUUUCGAAUCCUUCAAUGCCCUUGAGGUCCCCAUGGCCUGGGGGGAGGAGUCCAAUGUACUGGUGGAGUGAUCACAUUGCUGACCUCAGAUCAACAGCCCUCUCCCUACGCAGGACCUACCAGUCCCUCCUCAGAAGGCACGGACCAGAAGGAUCUGCUGAGGCGAAGGCCAAUUUUGCAACAGCAAUUAGAGAUCUGAGGAGAGCGAUCCAAAAAUCCAAGGAAAAAGGGUGGUGGGACCUUUGUGCACAAAUUUACAUUAAUCCCUGGAAUCAGCCCUACAAGCUAGUCAUGAAAAAGUUUGGCGACGGCUCUUCUAGACCCGCUUCUAAAGGGUGCGAGCAGGUAAUCGCAGACCAUCUCUUUCCUGCCGCCCCAGUCACCGACUCGCGACUGGGACCUCAUGCCAGAGCCAGCGGUUAG